AUGCAUUGGAUACUCACUGAAGUGAUUUGCCUGUGGAUUGCAGCAGUAACAUGUUAUCCGCCGUUCCAAAACAAGAUUCCAAACGGCAACAAUGUUGACCACCCAUGUCAGCCGAAUGUGAAAUGGCAAGGGGUUGGACAUUUGGUAAAAGAAGGUGGUGGUCAAAGAAAUCCGUUUGGUUUAGAUUUUGCUGCCAACAACAAGGUAUGGGACACAACUCUGUGUCAAAUGGAUUCAGAUGGGGAUGGAAUGACGAAUGGAUAUGAAUUAGGAGACCCAAAUUGUGUCUGGGUAGCUGGACAAGGAAUGACACCGGAGAGAGUCAUAGACAUCACUCAUCCCGUUAUUGAAUGA